AUGGCUGUAUCUUCAGCUAAACAACAACCACGAGUUCAAAAAUCAAUAUUCUCUUUCUUUGGAUCUUCAAGAAAUAUACGUAAAUCAAAUGAAAGCGAAAAAAAAACUCAUGAUUUAACAACAACAAAAGCAACCAGACAAAAUUCAAUAAUACCCAAGGGGUCAAAUGAAUAUGAUCAAGGUUUUGAUGAUUCUCAUGAUACAUCAAUGGAUACAAGUUAUGAAUUUAGUAAUAAUAAUUUAAAAAGUACCACUCCCUCAUUUCAAUCAGAUAGAAAUAUAAUAUUAAAAGAAUCCACAAAUUAUCAUGAAUCAAGUAAUUCUCAUGAUUCAACAAGUAUUCAUAAUAAACGAUUUAAAAAUCCUUCUUUGAAAAGAUCCAAUUCCAGUGUUUUAGAUAGUAUGAAUCUUGGCCAAGCUAAAAGAAUCAAAAGUGAAUCAUCAACAGUUAUUAAAGUUGCAAAAUCAAAUAUAAACGAAAUACAAUUAAAUAAAGAGCAAUUAGCAGUCGUAAAAGCAGUUGUUGAAGAUGGCUUAAAUGUAUUUUAUAGUGGAUCAGCUGGUACUGGUAAAUCUAUUGUUUUAAAAGAAAUUGUUAAAAGAUUAAGUAAAAAAUAUGGUGCUCAUAAAAUUGGUGUUACUGCUCCAACUGGUAUGGCUGCUUGUAAUAUCGAAGGUCAAACUAUUUAUAAAUUUUUACAUAUUGGUGCUGCUAAAUUAAAAGCUGAUCAAUUGGUUAAAAAUAUCAAUAAAAAUGAAUUUGUUAAAAACAAAUGGUUAAAAUUAAAAGUUUUAAUUGUUGAUGAAGUUUCCAUGUUGGAUGGUGAUUUAUUUGAAAAAAUUAAUCAAGUUGGAAAGGCAGUUAGAGGUAGUUCAAAACCUUUUGGUGGUAUACAAAUUGUAUUAUCUGGUGAUUUUUAUCAAUUACCUCCAGUUAAUAAAGACGUUAGACAUAAGAAUUUUUGCUUUUUAAAAUCAACUUGGAAUGAAACUGUACAAAAAUCAAUAGUUUUAACAGAAAUUUUUAGACAAAAGGGAGAUUCUGAUUUUAUUGAUAUGUUAAAUGCUUUAAGAAAUGGAAAUUUAACUCAAAAUAUUGUAACUAAAUUUAUGGCUUUAAGACGUACUGUUAAUUAUGAUGAUGGAAUUGUUGCAACUGAAUUAUAUUCUACUAAAUUGGAAGUUUCAAGAGCAAAUAACAUACGAUUGGAUCAGUUGGAAUCUAAACAAGCAUAUACAUAUAAAGCAAAAGAUAGUCACUUAGGUGAACAAUAUAGAAAUCAAUAUAAUUCAUUAAUGUGUGAAGAAGUAUUGGUAUUAAAAGAAGGAGCUCAAGUUAUGAUGUUGAAAAAUAUAGAUGAAAGAUUAGUAAAUGGAUCUCAAGGUCAUGUAUUAUUUUUCACUACUCAAUCAUUCUAUCAUAAAAUAAUGGACAAGUUUUCAUUUAUAGAUCCGGAAGAUAAAGAUAUGAUAAAUGAAUUAAGAUUAGUUUCAUCUAGAAUUGGUAAAACUGAUCCAUAUACUGAUCAAGAAUGUGCCAUUUUCAAAAAAUGCCCACCAAGUAGAUUACCAUAUUUAGAAGAAUUAUGUCAAUAUGCAGCAAUGGAUUCUUCAUCAACUGAAGUAUUACCUGUUGUCAAUUUUAAAGCAAAUGGUGAUAAUAUAGUACAUUUAGUAACAAGAGAAGAUUUCAUAGCUGAUAAUAAACCAGGAUCAUUAUCGUCAUCUAAAUCUCAAGUUUCAAGAAUACAAAUUCCUUUAUUGUUAUCAUGGGCCAUGUCAAUUCAUAAAUCGCAAGGUCAAACUUUAGAUAGAGUUAAAAUUGAUUUAAACAAAUCUUUUGAAGAAGGUCAAGCGUAUGUUGCAAUAUCAAGAGCAAGAUCUAAAGAUAGAUUAGAAUUAAAAGGUUUUAAUCCAAAUAAAGUUUUAACAUCACCAAUUGUUAUUGAUUUUUAUAGAAAAAUUCAAGCAAAUUGA